AUGCAAGACUCUAACGAAUCGUCGUUCGACCUUCCUCGUUGGCAGACCCAUGUCGAGCCUGCAGCCCAGGCAACUCCCUACCUUUAUGGCCCACCGCCGCCUUCACAGCAUUCCAUGUCCGGAUCGUCACCCCAACGCAUCCAGCCAGUCCACCAGAGCCACACAGGUUCUUCAACCAGGCAGCCACGAAUUUCUCAGUUGCUCGAGCAGGAACACUCAUUAAGCCCGCCAUCCAACCAGUAUACACCCUCAAACCAGGCCCCAUUGUCCCGCAGUGCAUCCCUUGGAGGUACCAGCGCAAGUAACCUGGCUUCGCGCCUUGUCAGGCGCCAUAAUCAACCGGACGAUUUGGAAGCCUACAAUACUGACAACCAAGGACUAUCGGGACCCCGUCAGCAACCCCAACUCUCCCAAAACACGUUUUACAACCCCAGUGUUGGGUAUCAGUCACCAUCGAUGACAGGGAACGUUUCAUCUGGCACGACAGCAGGCUCAACAUCCGAUUCCUACUCAGAUCUCUACUACAAUGGUUCAGCCAGUCAACCACCAAAGAGAAUCCAAGAUCCCAACCGUGCCGCCGGUCGAUCGCCACACCGAGCCGCCAAUCCUACCAAUUCAACGGGACUCAUAGACGCUUACGCUCAACAGCAAUCGCAAUACUCUCCGACAACAGCAACGUACUCGUACGGUCCUGGUCCCCCACAAUCGACUGGUUAUCAGACCCACGGUCGCAGCAACUCCCAGGUCAAGCAAGAGCAAGCGACACCCCCUAUAGCAAGCCCUUAUGCACCCCAGAAUCAGUCCCACCAACCUUUGCGGCAACUCACUACAAACAUCGUCGAGACAUACCGGAUUUGCAACCCCAGCUAUCGCUAUGAAUCGGCUCAUAACCCCAGACGGGUUCUCACCAAGCCGAGCAAACCCGUUCACAAUGAAGGGUACGACAACGAGGAUUAUGAUUACAUUCUCUACGUCAAUGAUUGGCUGGGUACUGAAGAGGGCCACAAAUACCUUAUCCUUGAUAUUCUCGGUCAAGGAACGUUCGGCCAGGUGGUGAAAUGCCAGAACAUGAAGACACACGAGAUUGUCGCCGUGAAAGUGAUCAAGAACAAGCCCGCGUACUUUAACCAGAGUAUGAUGGAGGUCACGAUCCUAGAGAUGCUUAACAAAACCUGCGAUCCAAACGACGAACACCACCUUCUUCGACUUCGCGAUUCAUUCAUCCAUCGAAGUCACCUGUGCCUCGUCUUUGAGCUUCUGUCGUCCAACCUUUACGAGUUGAUCAAGCAGAAUCAAUUCCAGGGUCUGAGUACGCAACUUGUCAAGGUCUUCAUGGCCCAGCUUCUCGACGCCUUGACCGUAUUGAAAGAGGCACGGUUGAUACACUGCGAUUUGAAGCCUGAAAACAUCCUAUUGAAAUCCCUUCAAUCUCCUCAAAUCAAAGUUAUCGACUUCGGUUCUGCGUGUCAUGAACGGCAAACAGUCUACACCUACAUUCAGUCGCGAUUCUAUCGCUCACCUGAAGUCCUUUUGGGAAUGCCUUACACGGCAGCUAUCGACAUGUGGUCAUUGGGCUGCAUUGCCGUCGAGCUAUUCCUUGGUCUACCUCUUUUCCCUGGUACCAGCGAGUACAACCAGCUAACGAGGAUAAUUGAGAUGCUAGGGAUGCCUCCUUUGAGCAUGCUCAAUAGCGGCAAGCAAACCAAACUCAAUAACCGUGCUGCGUUCAUCGACUUCUGCAAAGGCCUCUUGGAUCUGAACCCUGUGACACGAUGGACUCCACAGCAAGCGCGACUCCACCCAUUCAUCACCGGAGAAAAGUUUACAAAACCCUUCGUCCCCGAAGGUCUGGCACCUUCACAACCCUCUUCUUCUUCGUCCCCGAACACCCCCGAUCCCAAGCGUCCAUACGGCGGUCUCGUUCCGUCUCAGCCGAAGGGCACGCGGGCUUAUCAGGACGCGGCCACUUACAACCAUCAUCUCGCUCAGCACCAGGCAUAUACCGCCCAGCAGGCGUCGCAGGCUGCGAACACUUUCCGAAACCCGUACAUCAAUCCACCGGCUCAGCAACAGCAAUCGCAGCAACAACAUCAACAACAGCCACCAUCCCAACCCCCUGUAGCACAAACGACCUAUACAAACCCUCCUGCGGACCCGUACCACCCUCAGUCGCAACAGCAACAGUCUCAGUCACAGCAUCUCUCCGGCCAGUAUGGAAGUGGAGCGGCACAAACUGCUCACCGUGCCCUUGCACACGCGAACUCUGCGAAUCAAUUGGGUUCUGGAGCAUCUGGGUCACAAUAUCCCUCCCAUUCGUCCGCCACAAACCUCUCGUCUUCGCAUCUAAACCCGAAUGUGUCGUCUGGUUCUUACUACCCCAAUUCUCGCGCUCGGGCCAACACGAUCAACCAGAUGGAUACCAUUCCACCUGCUCUCGCUCGACUGCAACACAUGAACCAAGACAUAAUCGGUGGACGAAAUGCAUUGACGCCGGUCUUGAACCGUGAUGACGCCAUGAAAGAAUGGGAGCGACGCCAAUCUGGCAAACCUCCUGCUGCUCAACCGUACCCGCAAUUGGAGUACCUGCAGCAGCAGGCGGAGAUCGUAGCUGCGUCUGGCUUGGCCAACUGGGCGAGUGGUCCUCAUACAAGGUACCCGGCGCAACCGUCAAAGUUGCAACACUCGUACCAACCUCAUACGAUUAUGGUUGACGAUGAGAACGGGAAUACCUCUAGGAGGGAUGUGGUGAUGUCCAAUGUUCGCGCAGCUGCUGGUGGUGGUGCACGAACCGACCAGCAAUCGGGGCUUGGCUCAUACAGCGGGAGCACUGGAAACCUCAUUACGAGUCCACCACAAGCUUACUCCGGUAACACCGCGGCAGGAAGUCGGUACACGACAAGCUAUGGGCAACCACAGCACCCGCCACCGCCAGCAUCUUCCAACUCGUUCGACACGGUAGAUCGGCGGACGGAUAUCGGGAUGUACGUGCCUAUGCAGCCGGAUCAGUACCAAGGCUAUCCUGCUUCGACUUCGACGAACAGGCACGCUCCUCCGGCUGGACCGCCGGUUCCGACAUCGUUCUACGGACCUUCGAUCGUUCCUUCAGGAUCCCAACAACAGAGGAACCCGUUCAACGUGCAGGAGAACGCGCAGCAGUCUAUGGGUCAACCUAAGGACAACCGCAACUGGCCCCGAUAAGUCGCCUAAGCAUUGUGAAGGGGAUGGAUGGGGAUAUGGACGGAAAGUUCUUUUGGUGGCGUCCGUUGGGCGGGGGUUUGGGGUCGAGCGAAUGCGGCAGCGGUGAUUGAUUGUGCUCUGUGCGCGAUUUUGCGAUCCUUUAUUCUUGUCCUCGUCGGACUUGUUGUUUUCCAUUUUAUCUCUUUUCCUACCUCGCACCCGUGUUGUUUUUUCUUCUUCUGUAGAGGCUGCUGCCUUGCCUUUUUAUUAUAUAUUUUU